CGGUGAGAAACGAAGGAACGGAGCUACGAUCUAUUAGUGAGUCUGCUAUGGCUUCCUUCAUCGUGAAGAUCGGCGCAGUGAAGUUUCAGAGGAUGAUUUGCUCGCCAUAGCACGUCUCCCUGCGCAUUGAUUUGGGUCAAUUCUCUAAACAAUUGACGAUUCUGUAUUUUUAACAGAAAACUGUUUCGGAGCUCUGCUGCUGCGUCUGAAGGUCGAGAUUUAGGUGGAGUGUGUCUCUGUGCGUGUGUUUUUGCUCUUGGUUCUGUGAUUAUCGUAAUCGGAGCUUCACUGAAGAGGGGAAAUGGCUGCCACCGUUGGGGCGUCUGGUGCAGCGAAGGCCAGCGUCCCGAAAUCCGGCGCGAUCUCUAAAGGCUAUAAUUUUGCGUCCACCUGGGAGCAGAAUGCUCCAUUGACGGAGCAACAGCAGGCUGCGAUUGUUGCGUUAUCCCAUGCUGUUGCCGAAAGACCAUUUCCCUCAAAUCUGAAACAAGAGAAAGUGGCUGGGCUACAAAAUGGUUUGUCCAUUUCAACAAAGCAUAGCUCUACAGAGGAUUCAGGAGCCAUUGGUGCAGUGUUGAUAAACACAAAUGAGUUCUACAAAUGGUUUGUUGACCUUGAAGCAGCCAUGAAAUCAGAGACAGAAGAGAAAUACCAGCAUUAUGUGAGGACGUUGACAGAGAGAAUACAAACAUGUGACACUAUACUCCACCAGGUGGAUGAAACCCUUGAAUUGUUUAAUGAGCUACAAAUGCAGCAUCAGGCAGUCGCAACAAAGACAAAAACACUCCAUGAUGCAUGCGAUAGACUGCUAAUAGAGAAGCAAAGGUUAAUUGAGUUUGCUGAAUCUCUUCGUGCUAAGCUCAACUACUUUGAUGAAUUGGAGAAUGUUGCGACCAGUUUUUACUCUCCAAAUAUGAAUGUAGCACAUGAGAAUUUCCUUCCUUUACUCAAGAGACUUGAUGACUGCAUAUCGUAUGUUGAAAGUAAUCCACAGUAUGCUGAGUGCAAUGUUUACUUGGUCAAAUUCCGACAACUUCAGUCCCGAGCUCUCGGAAUGAUUCGUUCUCAUGUAUUAUCUGUCCUCAAGAACACAUCAUCUCAGGUUCAGGCAGCAAUAAAGAGCAGUGCUGGCAACAAAGCAUCUGUCUCUGAAGGUGUGGAGGCAUCUGUGAUAUAUGUUCGAUUCAAGGCAGCAGCCAAUGAGCUUAAGCCUGUACUGGAAGAAAUUGAAAGUAGAAAAGCAAGAAAGGAAUAUGUGCAGUUACUCACUGAAUGCCAUAAACUUUACUGUGAACAGAGGCUUUCGCUGGUAAGGGGUAUAGUGCAACAACGGAUCUCUGAAUUUUCCAAAAAAGAAGCCUUGCCAUCAUUGACAAGAUCUGGAUGUGCAUACUUAAUGCAGGUGUGCCAGCUCGAGCAUCAGCUAUUUGACCACUUCUUCCCUUUAUCUUCGGAAGACGUUUCAAGUUUGGCUCCAUUAAUAGAUCCACUGUGUACUUACUUGUAUGAUACCUUACGCCCCAAACUUAUUCAUGAAGCGAACCUUGAUAUUCUUUGCGAACUUGUUGAUAUACUUAAAGUUGAAGUCCUAGAAGAACAAGUGAACAGACGAGGGGAAUCGUUAGCUGGAUUACGCCCUACACUAGAGAGGAUAUUGGCAGACAUUCACGAGCGCUUAACUUUUCGUGCUAGAACGCACAUACGUGAUGAGAUUGCAAAUUAUCUUCCAUUGGAUGAUGAUCUAGAUUACCCAGCUAAGCUGGAGCAGUCGGCUGAGGCAAAGUCUGAAACAUCACCUCGAGCUGAAAAUCCAGAUGUUUCCAAGACUUGGUAUCCUCCACUCGAGAAAACAAUCUCCUGUCUGUCUAAAUUAUAUCGAUCUCUAGAACCUGGUGUUUUUACUGGUUUGGCCCAGGAAGCAGUGGAGUUUUGCUCAUUGUCCAUUCAGAAAGCUAGCAAACAAGUUGCCAAAAGAUCAUCCACCAUGGAUGGACAGCUCUUCCUCAUUAAGUAUCUUCUCAUCCUUAGAGAGCAGAUUGCGCCAUUCGAGAUUGAGUUCUCAGUGACACAUAAGGAGCUCGACUUCUCCCAUUUACUGGAGCAUUUGAGACGAAUUCUUAGAGGCCAGGCUUCAUUAUUUGAUUGGUCAAGGUCUACUUCUUUGGCUAGAACUCUGUCCCCCCGAGUUUUGGAAAGUCAGAUCGAUGCCAAGAAGGAACUGGAGAAGAGCCUCAAAGCCACUUGUGAGGAGUUCAUUAUGUCCGUGACGAAGCUGGUCGUGGAUCCGAUGUUGUCAUUCGUUACCAAGGUUACUGCCGUGAAAGUUGCAUUGUCCUCCGGCAGUCAAAAUCAAAAAGAGUCUUCCCUAAAUAAGCCUCUCAAAGAUCAAGCUUUCGCGACUCCUGGAAAAGUUUCCGAAAUUGUUCAGAAGGUGAGCUCCGCGAUGCAAGAAGAGCUGCCGAAAGUGAUGGAGAAAAUGAAGCUUUAUCUGCAGAACCCGGCGACCCGCGCCAUACUUUUCAGACCAAUCAAGACCAACAUUGUCGAAGCGCACGUUCAAGUGCAGUCGCUGCUCAAAUCGGAGUACGCUCCUCAAGAUAUACAGCUAAUUAACAUGAUCUCGACGCACGAUCUGCAGGCUCAGCUUGACAACCUCAUGUAACGCCGUCUCGUCCAGGUUAGUAGAACUUGUCUCUUUGUAUCGAUGAUUUUUUACGCCGUAGAAGAUGAGUAAGGAGAAGCUGCUUUUUAUUCAAAAUUUGAUGGAAAAAUUAUAUUUAGGAACUUCCAUUGAUUCUUUGCUGUAGAAAAUUUUCUAUCAAAACAUAUAUGGUUUAUAGGA